AAACUAAGUGUAUUACAUUUGCUUGCCGCUGAUCAAAUAGACCACAGAUUCAUUAAGCACUUCGCGCUUUUUUUCCGCGGAUUAAAAACCUGAUUGAUAAAUAAAUUUAUUAAUUUAAUUUAAAUUUCAAAUUAAUCAAAUAUAAAGUACAGUACGUUGGAAUUUUCAUUCGAAGAAGCAUGGGAAGACAUCUAAAAGAAAAACGACGCCAAUACAAGCAGAACCGUAGGGAAAGGUUGAACAAGAAGAAAAAGUAUGUGUUUAUAGAAGUCAAUAAAGAUGAUAAAAAACAUGAAGAGAGAGAUGAAAUUGAAGCAGCACAAUUGGGUAAUGAUGUUGCAAUUGGCAAUAAAACUAGUGCCAAAGAGAUGGAUAGGAAUGUAGCAAAGGAUUGGUUAUACAUGAAUAUGAUCAAAUAUUUUAAGAAAAAGAAUGGAUUUCUGAAGUUUAGGAGAGCUAUGGAAAAACCAAAAGAGGGUGAAUAUUGUAGUGGUGAGUGAAUGCUAUUGUGUAUGGUAGUUACAGUAAAUUCAAUUUAGCUCUGUGAUAGUGAGUUAAUCUACAUUACUUUUGAAACUGAGAAAUUUUUUAAUGGGA